GUCAAAGUUCUCCUACGUAGUUACAAGUCUACACUCUCUGAAUGGUAUUUUGUGAAUUAAACAAGACGCAGUCUGAACCCCAGUGUAUUGGAAUGAACCCUGAAUAUUGAAUAAACCUAAAACUUGAAACCUUCUGUAGAAAUCCACCAUGUCGUCCCCCAGCGCAGGAAAGAGGAGAAUGGACACAGAUGUCAUUAAACUGAUCGAGUCCAAGCACGAAGUGACGAUAAUGAGCGGCCUGGACGAGUUCACGGUCAAGUUUUUUGGUCCCAAGGGAACACCUUACGAAGGAGGUGUUUGGAAGGUUCGAGUACAUUUGCCUGAACAAUACCCGUUCAAGUCCCCUUCAAUUGGGUUCAUGAAUAAGGUUUUUCAUCCGAACAUUGAUGAAGUUUCUGGCACAGUCUGCUUGGAUGUUAUUAACCAGGCCUGGACAGCUCUGUAUGAUCUGAGCAACAUCUUUGAAUCCUUUCUUCCCCAACUCCUGACCUAUCCCAAUCCAACAGAUCCGCUCAAUGGAGACGCUGCAGCCAUGUAUCUACACAGGCCUGAGGAGUACAAGAAGAAGGUGUCUGAGUACGUUAAGAAAUAUGCAACAGAGGAGGCUCUACGAGAUCCUUCUCAGGAUGAUCUCUCCGACUCUUCAGAAAGCUCUAUGUCGGACUUCUCAGAAGACGAGAUGAAGGAUAUGGAGUUGUGAUCUUCAUACUUCAACUCUAGGUUGUAAGUAAACUGUACUUGUACAGCUGUACUGAGCACUGUACACUGUACAGCUACACUGAGCACUGUACAGUGUACACUGUACACUUCACACUGUCUAGAGUGUACACUGAACAUUGAGCUGUGGAUAAAAUAAUUUUUAAAAGUGAUAAAGAAUAGAGGAAUUUUAUGUACAUUCAGACAGCAACAGUUAUUGAAAACUAGAAACUAACCUUAACCUUUUCAUCACAAAGGAGUGAAAAAUGUUUAGUUUUUGAUCCCUGCCAAUAUAUUUUUAUGUUUGUUUUGUCUUAAAAUUCGGAUUUGAAAUAAGUCAUCCCAACUUUCUCUUAAUGCCAUUGUUCUGCAAAGGAAAUGAGAAUUCUUGGAUCACAUGAUGAAGAAAACUUCCCCAUUUACAGAUAUACAGAAGUCAGUAGAACGUGUAAAUUGAAUGAAAUAUUUUUACAAAAAUUCUUGUUAUGCCUACACCCCCCUCACCGUUCAAAAAGUUUAAAUAAUUAUGAUGAAAGGUUAUACACUAUACAGAUCAUAACAAUACUGUUAUAGAAUAUUUUUGUUAUUUCGCUAGUUUUAAGUCGUCAUUAUUCAUUUUUUUGUUGCUAAUUUACAUAUUUUGACAAAGUCUUGACAAUUUCUCUUUAGCAGUGAUUUUUGCGCUACAUGAGUAAAUUAUUGUGUAAAUAUUAUAUAAAAAGAUGUUAUUUUCCAAUUACCAAAAUACCCCCUCUCCCAGCAAAUACUUCAUUUUCGCACUUUCGUGAAAAUCCCCCCCCCCCCCUGGUCCUUUAUAUAGUGCUUUUUUUUGGAAAAUAACCUAAAUAAUUAAUUAUAGUGAAAAAUAGCGAGAUAAAAUUUUUUAAUUUUUUUUCCAUCGCUUAAAAAUGCCAUGUUUACUUUAUGUAAAGUCA